CCACUGUCUGGCCUGCCUCACCUGGUUGCCGUGGUAACACCCUCUCCACGAAACCCGAGCAGGCGUGGCAGCCGGCCGUCACCUGAGCCGCUCUGAAUGUUUGAUGCGUUCCGUCAGAGAUCCUGGAACACCUGAGCAGAACGCCGCCGCCACCACCAGAGGAGGAGCGCCGCAACGCUGCAGGUGAUGAACCAGGAUGUCAGACAGGAAGCAGCGCAGUCUGUCCACUUCUGGAGAAUCUCUCUACCAGAUCCUCGGCCUGGAAAAAGGCUGCAGCCAUGACGACAUCAAGAAGUCCUACAGGAAGCUGGCGCUGCGGUUCCACCCGGAUAAAAACCCGGACAACCCGGACGCGGCGGAGAAAUUCAAGGAGCUGAACAACGCUCACUCGGUGCUGGCCGACCUCAGCAAGAGGAACAUCUACGACUCGUACGGCUCCCUGGGGCUCUACGUGGCGCAGCAGUUUGGAGAGGACAACGUCAACACCUACUUCAUGCUGUCCACCUGGUGGGCCAAGGGUCUGUUCCUGCUCUGCGGCAUUCUGACCGGAUGUUACUGCGGCUGCUGCCUGUGCUGCUGCUGCAACUGCUGCUGUGGGAAACUCAAACCCACUGCUGCGGGCGAGGGGGCGGAGCCAGAGUACGUCUCCCCUGACGACCUGGAGGAGGAGAUUCGCAACAAUCCUGACAACG